AUGAACAACACUGUCUUAAUUAGCGGAGUUGGAAAUGAAUCGGAUUGUUAUGGUGUAUUCUCGAGAUUUGGAGCAUUAUACAAGUAUGGAUUCAUCACAAAAUGUGUGGGGUUAUACCGGGUCUGGUUUUAUCUAAGAUCCGAUUUUAACAGGUGUCGAAGAGAAAUGAAGUCUCAGUAUACGCACAACGGGGAAAAAUGGAAAAUAAGCUAUUCAAAAAUAAGUAAACAGUUCAAUCGCAUAUUGCGGAGAGAUAAGAUAUACGAAGUAUGUAACACGUAUUUGGGAUUUAGUUCAUGGACAAAUGAAAUUGUGGAUGUGAAAUUAAUAGGAACAGAGACGUGUAAAAUCAACAGAGAAAUUAAGUACACCGUAACAUACGAAUCUCUUGUCUGUUAUACUUUUAUGGUGAUGAAUAAGGAUAUUCUCAUUUCUUUUAAAUCAGCAGGAACUGCACAAUACACUGCAGUUGAUGAAACUUAUGCAAAACAUAUUGCUGCAAAGAUGUCUGUUUUGGAAGCUACUAAAUUAGUCUUCAGUAGGAUUGCCUUUGAAAUAAAAGACGGGCUUGUAAUCAAUAUAGUAAAAGUCGAAUCUGAUAUCGACACGUCAAAUGUAAUACUUGAAAUGGGUGAAAUCGAAGAAGAACAAAAAAUGGAUGACGAUGAAAUAAAUGAUAUUAUUGCAAAGUUAGAUGAUUGA